UACUGUAAAAACUCCAAAUAUAAAAAAUACUAUAAAAUUUUAUAAUACACACAAUCCGCGCGUAAGGAUCUUGUUAUUCUAAAAACAAAGUAAUCUCACUUACUAUCUGCUUAUUAAUUUUACUUUCAAAUUUAAUACCAAAUAUGAUUGCAGUAAAACUCAAUUCGAUUAUAAGGUUAUUCUAUUUUUUUACAAAAAUAUAGUAACACAAUGGGAUGUUUUUAGUCAAACUGCAAUAAAUAAAAACACAUUACAGACUCAACAGUUCCAUUUCUUUGGCUAAGGGUUCAAAGACAUCGAUAAAACUUAAAAGCUCUGGUCCAUGGUUCUCAUUCUGAUCUAGAGGAGAUUAAAGCUCUGCGUCGUUAUUGUUAGUCUUCAUUCGACCAGAUCCUUUCACGAUUAUUGUGUUUUUUGUAUGUGGUUCAAGAUAUCUAGUUUAGAAGUGCAUUGUAGAUCAUAAAGUAGUGUAGGUAAUUCUCAGUGCUUCUGAGUGAUGCUACAUCGAAACUAAUUGUGAUUUGUGAUAUAUAAGCCUCUAAAUUGGUCAAUAUCGUAAUCGAACUUUGGCUAAUAUAAGUUGAUGUUGAACCAAAAAUACAAAUAUUGUAAAAACGUUUAAAGUUUAAAUGGUGAAAACAAUUUCGAAGAGUACAUGUUGCAUAAAACAAUGGCUGCAUAAAACAACGGCUGCAUAAAACUAUUGGAAGUUUAAAAGAUUCUUAUGUGCGUUAUUAAACAAUGGGAGUGGAACUUCUGAUGGUUGUGAAUUUAAAUAUGUAGGUGCAUAGCAUAUCCAAUAUGAAAUUUAGAGAAAUUUUAUUUUAAGAUGAUAAAUUUGGUGCUGUUCAAAAAAUAACUAUGAUUUUAAAUAUUAUUAUCACAAAAUUUUAAAUGAUAAAUUUUAGAAAUUUGAUUGUUUUUAAAAUACUGUCGUGAAAUGUUUUGGUUAAAAAUAUAAUAAUGCAAAUUCUAUUGUUUUAGAUAAAAUCGAAGAAGUUCAUUAAAAUAAAACUUAAAAGUAUUUUAAUAUUUAAACCAUUACAACCUUAAUGUCUAAUCACUACAAAAAUUUCUUAAAUAUUGAAUACAUCCCGUGACCUUUGUAAGCAGAUCACCAAUUAAUCAAAUCAAUUAGGCCUUCUUCCGUAAACGAAGGUUGAGGAAAGAAAAAAAAGAGAAAAAUGACGCUGGGACUGUUAAACGCGAAUCCAGUAGUGCAAGCUAAGAAGGAACGGCUAGCUCGUACACAAGAUCAACACAGAGAUUAUGAUGGCCUUGAUACUCUCGACGUCUAUGAGUAUGUAAGAGACAUAAGAGAUCCGGAACACCCUUAUUCCUUGGAGCAACUUAGUGUUCUGUCUGAAGAUUCCAUCACUCUCGAUGACAAGCUCAAUCGCAUCCUAAUAACGUUUACACCGACGAUCCAGCAUUGUAGUAUGGCAACUAUAAUUGGUCUGUGUUUGAGAGCUAAGCUUAAAGAAUGCUUGCCACUCCAUUAUAAGGUUGAUAUCAGAGUGUCUCCCGGUUCUCACGCCGAUGAAGAUUCAGUGAAUAAACAGCUGAAUGAUAAAGAAAGAGUGGUAGCUGCCUUGGAGAAUCCUAAUCUCCGUCAGCUUGUGGAUGAGUGUAUCUGCUCCAACGAGAUAUGAAUCAGAUCAUUUUACUUUUACUCUCUUGUACAAAUUUGGGAUUGUAUCGUAUGACUUAGAGACUGCUCUUUGUCUCUGUUUGUAUUGUCACUACACAUUUUACGAUGCCUGAAUGUUGUAUACUGCUUUGAUAAUGUUACAAACCUUUUCUUCA